CCACGAAACCUUGUUGUACAUUUUUGCCUCAUUCAAUUAUUUAACCGUUUGGGUACAUGUAAACUUGGGAAGUAUUCAGAGUCUCUCUGCCUUUUGAUCUUUCAUAUUCGCGAAAGCGGGAACUCCAAGUCGAAUUUAUGCGCUGUAAUUCUAGGGUUCCCUCCCUUCGUCGCCUCGCUCCUCAGUUUUCUUCUUUCACUGCCAAGCUUAGCAGCGCUUGUAGACAGUAAUGGAGGUUGAGUAUUUCGGAGACUCUUUUGGUGAGCUAUCUCGGAGAAAUUCUAGCCCAAUAACUCCUAGGUCAGCUCCGGUGAGCAAUGCAGCUGCUUCCGAGAGUGUCCGGAGCUCCUCGAACAGUAUGACUUUCCAUUGUGACAAUACAAGUACACCAGAUGUUGACAAAAAUGCAGGAAAGAAGAAAAGAGGUUCAAGAUAUACAGCUGGAGGUCUACGUCAGUUCAGUGCCAUAGUUUGUAGCAAGUUGAAGAGCAAGGGAAGAGCAACAUAUAAUGAGGUUGCAGAUGAGAUCAUUUCAGAGUUACCUGGAAUUUACGGUGAAACAGAAGCUUUGAGUGAGUUUGAUGAGAAAAACAUACGACGACGAGUAUAUGAUGCAUUAAAUGUUCUUAUGGCAAUGGAUAUCAUCACCAAAGAGAAAAAACAAAUCCAGUGGAAGGGACUUCCAGAUACAAAUGUUAUUGAUCUGGAAGGUAUUAAGGCUCAGCGGGUUAAAUUGGUGGGUAGGAUUGGUGCAAAAGAGGCUUACUUGAAAGACUUGGAAGAACAAAUGGCAGAUCUCCAGAAUUUGAUGUUGCGUAAUAAGCAGUUGAUCAAGAGUGGAAACAGUCGCCACAAAGGAUUUUCUUUUCCAUUUAUACUGGCUCAGACAAGCAAUAAUGCUACGGUUGAGAUUGAGAUUUCUGAAGAUAUGCAGUUGGUGCACUGUGACUUCAAUAGUACCCCUUUCUCCUUGCACGAUGAUACUUCCAUUCUGAAGCUAUUGCGGUGCCACCAAUUGCCAGAAAGUAGAAAUGUGUCUCAAAGUUCUUCAGUUUACUCGUCUUCAAGUUCUGGCAUGGCUUCUGGAUGCACCAGACCCUUUCUUUGGAACUCUGAAACAGAAACUCCAAAAUGAUGAACAGAUACCGAGCUGUACAAGAAGGCCAUAUAUGGUACACAAACUACAAAAGAAAAGGAAAUUAUGAUAUAUUUGUACAAAUUAUCAUGAGUAGUUUUAAGGUUUCAGCAAAAGGCAGUGGUAUUUAACAUGACCAAAGAUUUGGAUUUGUCUUAUGAGAUCAUUAACUUUUAGAACCCGUAUAGCUAGCAUGUAUUUGAAUAUUCAGUUUUGCA